GACUUUAUUUAUGAACGUGUCACUCACAGAAUUCUCGCCUGCUCCAAAAACGUCCUGGCACGUAACAAACUCACCCUUCUUUUUCUCUCUUCUGUUUACGUCUACGCAUUCAUUCAUUCACUUAACUUAUCAUCUUCCUAGCUCGCUCCGUUUUUCUCUCUCUCUCGCCAAACGCUUCUUCCACUAUGCCUUCCCAAUCGGUUCUGGUUACCGGAGGAGCCGGUUAUAUCGGUAGCCACACCGUCCUUCAGCUUCUCCUCAGCGGUUACCAUGUCUUCGCCGUCGACAAUUUCGACAAUUCUUCCGAAACCGCCAUCAACAGAGUCAAGGAACUCGCCGGAGAAUUCGCAAAUAACCUUUCCUUUUCCAAGCUAGACUUGCGGGACAGAGCUGCCCUCGAGAAAAUAUUUUCAACCAAUAAGUUUGAUGCUGUGAUACAUUUUGCUGGGCUUAAGGCAGUGGGUGAAAGCGUGGAUAAACCACUGCUCUACUUUGACAACAACUUGAUAGGGACAAUCGUUCUAUUUGAAGUCAUGGCUGCCCACGGAUGCAAGAAGCUUGUGUUCUCAUCUUCAGCAACUGUAUAUGGCUGGCCAAAGGAGGUCCCAUGUACCGAAGAGUUCCCUUUGUCAGCAACAAACCCAUAUGGACGAACCAAGCUUAUCAUCGAAGAAAUUUGUCGUGAUAUCUACCGUGCAGAUUCUGAUUGGAAAGUUAUACUGUUGAGAUACUUCAACCCAGUUGGUGCACAUCCCAGUGGUUAUAUUGGUGAAGAUCCUCGUGGAAUUCCAAACAAUCUCAUGCCCUUUGUUCAACAAGUGGCAGUUGGCAGACGCCCUGCAUUGACUGUUUUUGGAAACGAUUAUAAAACAACUGACGGCACUGGAGUUCGUGAUUACAUUCAUGUUCUUGAUUUAGCAGAUGGGCAUAUUGCGGCAUUGCGUAAACUCAAUGAUCCUAAAAUAGGUUGUGAGGUUUAUAACUUGGGAACAGGAAAGGGAACAUCUGUUUUGGAGAUGGUAAACGCUUUUGAACAGGCCUCUGGAAAGAAAAUUCCACUUGCAAUGGCUGGUCGGAGACCUGGAGAUGCUGAAAUUGUUUAUGCAUCAACAGAGAAAGCGGAAAGAGAACUUAAUUGGAAGACUAAAUAUAGCAUCGAUGAUAUGUGCCGCGAUCAAUGGAAUUGGGCUAGCAAAAACCCUUAUGGCUAUGGUGCAUCUGCAGAUUCCUCCAAUUGAUGUCGAUGAUUGUCGGAUAUAGUAUAUAUGUUCUCUUUUGGGGUCUUUUUGAACCCUGUCGCCCAAUAGGUCCCUAAAGUUUUUCUUUAGCUAUUCUAAGGUGGAAGUUAAAUCAUUUCCUAGUUUAUUAUGAAUUAUAAUAAAGUGGUAAAUAAGUAGUGGUUUAGUUUACUUAGUGAUUCUUUAGGUUCCAACUCACAGAAUAUUGAAUGGGUAUUCUCUCAUGUUCUUCAUGAACAUGACUGCAUCCUGUUUUGUAAAUCUAAACCACACAUUAUAGAGUAUGACUAACCGGUAUAAUCUUACCUUACCUCAUUAUCCAUAAUAAAGUUUUACAUAGCAUUAUAUGCUUUUGAUUUUCC